AUGGCCAAGAACGCGAGCAAGGCGGGAAGUCCUACCGCCGCCUCCGGUGCGAUGCUUCCACGACGAAGCGCGUACGCGUGGUGCCUUUGGACGACGACAGUGCCGGGGAGGAGUCGCCCCCUGCCCCCGCUGCGGGAGAAGAAAGAAAGAAAGGCUAAGGUCGUGGAAGCCCCUGCCAAGUCCCCUGCUAAGGCCCCUGCAAAGGCCCCUGCUCGUCGCCGCACAAGCAACAAGAAGCGCAAGGACGACGGUGACCCUGGAUCCAGCAAGGGCGCGGCUCGGAAAAAGGCGAAGAAGGCGCCCAAUCCUGACGACAUCAUCGUCAACGAGGCGUUGGGCAGCGACGAUGAGUACCCGAUUCCCACGUUCCCUAAAAAGGAGGCGCCGAAGGACCCCACCCUCUCUAAUCCCAACGCCCGCCCACCUUCCCCUCGCAGCAAAGACACCACGAAGACGAAGAAGCGUCGCGGCUGGACCGUGCGUGAGAAGCUCAAGUGGGCGCGCCGCUAUAAGGAACUCGGCUCCCUGAAGAAAACGAGCGCGGAGUCCACCGCGAGCGUCGCCUGCAUCAGACGCUGGAGCGCGGAAGCGGCUGCGGGCAUGUACAAGGGCGCGGCUAACUGCCGCAAGCGGAUGCACGGGGGGGGGGGCGCCACGCACACUACCCCGACAUGGAGGCAGCGUUUGUACCGCUACAUCUGCCUUCAACGCGCUAACGGGGUGGCCAUCUCGGUGAAGGACACCCAGAAGUGGAGCCGCGAGUGGAUGAAGAAGCACUACCCAGGCAAGAACUGGAACGCGAGCUCUCACUGGAGCCAGCGGUUCCGUGACCGCUGGAACCUGGUGAUGCGGGUGAAAACGAAGGUCGGACAACGUCUAUCGGCAGGGAACUUGCGGAGGCCUCCGCACCCCGUGGUGCUGCAGUGGAUCGCGGAGGCUUGGGAGCAAGUCCCAAGGCAGAUCAUCAUCGACGCGUUCCGCCACUGUGGCAUCUCUAGCAAGCUGGACGGAACGGAGAAUCACAUGGUGAUGUCUCACCUGCGCGCCAGGAGCACCACCGAUGUCUCCGAGGACAUGUCCCUCGGGGGAACCACAGGCGACAACACGCGCCUGCUCGGGAAGGCUCCGGAGGAGGAGGAGGAGGAGGAGGCGAUGCAGGCGGAGGGCGUGCGGGAGGUGGCCGUGGCAACUGGCCUGGAGGUGCUGUACCAGGAGACCCCCAACUACCGCGGAGCGGCGGCCGAGGCUGACCGCAUGAUCGAGCCUAGGGAGACGGCUAGGCAUGCCUGGCGAGUGCCAGACCUUAGUGUGGAGCCUGUAGCUAGUGCUCCCGAGGAGGCGGUGACCGAGGGGGGUUAG